AUUCCAAACUAAUCCUUGGACUGUCGGUAAGCUGCUUUUUUUGCUAAGUUUGUCACAGUGUCCAUUAUGUGCAGGACUGCAUAUUCAUAAAGAACUAUUUCAUUUAAACUCCUUAUUGGAACAUCUUGUUAAAUGGGGAAGUGACUACCCUAUAGACUAUGACAACAGGAUAUAUGAAUGGAGGAAGUCUUGGAAAACAUCGCUAUUCCAGGUGGCAUCGUGAGGACAGUGGAGAAGACGAUGGGCACCUGGAGUGCUAUGAAAGAGACAAAGAGGGCAGGGAGCACAGGCUGACCCCAUUCGAGAAACUAAUGCACGAUAUGUCCCAGAAUGAAAGAGUGGUGAAAGAAUUAACCCUGGGAAAGAGAAUUGGCUUCUAUCGAGUCAGAGGAGAAAUAGGAAGUGGGAAUUUUUCGCAAGUGAAGCUUGGAAUUCAUUCCUUAAUCAAAGAGAAAGUUGCAAUAAAGAUUUUGGACAAGACAAAGCUAGACCGGAAGACUCAACGUUUGCUGUCUCGUGAAAUAUCCAGCAUGGAAAAACUGCACCACCCAAAUAUCAUCAGACUGUAUGAAGUGGUGGAGACGCUCUCAAAACUGCACCUGGUGAUGGAGUAUGCAGGAGGUGGGGAGCUCUUCACUAAAAUCAGUACAGAAGGAAAGCUGCUAGAAACGGAGUGUAAAAUAAUCUUCUCCCAGAUUGUGUCUGCUGUAAAGCACAUGCACGAAAAUAAUAUCAUUCACCGGGACCUGAAAGCAGAAAAUGUCUUCUACACCAGUAACACCUGCGUUAAGGUGGGAGACUUCGGAUUCAGCACAGUAAGUAAAAGAGAUGAAACUUUAAAUACUUUCUGUGGCUCUCCUCCUUAUGCUGCCCCCGAACUCUUCCGAGAUGAAAAUUAUGUUGGCGUUUAUGUAGACAUCUGGGCACUGGGAAUCCUGUUAUACUUCAUGACAACGGGUAUCAUGCCAUUUCGGGCAGAUACAGUGGCCAAACUGAAAAAGUGCAUUCUUGAAGGGACAUACAGUUUGCCUUCCUGCCUCUCAGAAACUUGCCAGAAACUGAUAAAAGGAGUCCUUCAGCCAGUACCAACCAAACGAUACUCUGUCAAACUUAUCAUGAACAGUGAAUGGAUGCAAGGGAUACAGUACCCCAAACCUUUACAGCCCUUUAAACUGGAUCCAAGGUACUUAUCAGACAUCAGUAUGCUCAAAGAGGAAGACAUUGAAGUGAAAAAUACUCUGGAAGAUCUGGGAAUCACAGAAGAGCACAUUCAAAACAACCAGGGAAAAGACGCGCGCAGCUCAGUAACAGGGGUCUACAGAAUCGUUCUGCACAAAGUUCAGAAGAAAAGAGCACUCGAAUGUGUUCCUAUCAUGUCCCAUCCAGAUCCCAAACAACAAGACCUGAAGGGAGGAACCCAUUCUUACAGCAGGACAAAGAACACAUCCAAGCUGUGUUCUAUUUUAUAAACUGCACUGCAGGCUUUAUAAUCAGCGUAUUUAACAAAGGGUUUUAUUCAUAAGUUCUGGCAUUACAUUUUUUUUGUAAUUUUUGAAUAAACCAAAAAUGCCUCCU